GUGACGUGCGGUGGAAAGACUACACUCGCCGAGCGUUUGAAGCAACACUACGAAGAAUGCGUUAUCUUAAGUCAGGAUCAGUUUUACAGACUGGAUGACGACCCCAACCACGAAUGGCUGGACGUAAGUCCGACAAUAAGACACCAGAACUGGGAGUCAAUGGCGAGUAUGGACUGGAAAUUGUUUAAUAAAGCAAUCGAUUUGGUGCUGACCAAAGAGCCGCCCAAACACUCACCCAUUCUUAUCCUUGAGGGACAUCUUAUAUUAAAUAAUAAACAAAUGUCGGAUUUGUGUGACAAGAAAUUCUUUCUGACUCUGGAUAAGAAUUCAUGCGUUUGCCGCCGGAAUGCCCGCACAUAUCUACCUCCGGACCCAAUAGGCUAUUUUGAAGUGUGCGUUUGGCCCAUAAUAUUUGGACGCAAAAUAAAAGAGUAU